AAAUGAAACGGAAGGAGGAACAGCCAUUUUGGACUGUGUAAAAGAAUGAAAAUGAAGUAGCUGAAAUGGAAUUUGAGGGGUGAAUCCUUGUUUCACUAUCAGCCCAGCACUGCAGAAAUUUAGGUAGGGGAAGUCAGGAGAGAGGUCUCCCCCUUGACUAAGAAUAUAAAGGCCUGUUGAGUAAACUCCUGCUGGUCUGAGGCCUGGUGCAAGAUGGCUGCCAAGCGACCAGUCAAAACAGAGCCCAGCGAGAGCCUCCCCAAAAGGCCUCGACUCGAUCCAAUGGCAGUUCAGUCCCCACUGGCUUCAGAAAACAAAGCUGCUGGACUGAUAGAAGAAUAUGAUAUUAUCACUGAAGAGGACAUUGAAGACAUUAAGGAUGCUCUCGAAGGAGGGAGAAUGGCAGAAGCAGCCUCCAAGAUUAUGCAAAACCUGCAGGCCUUGGAGAAUGCCUGCCUGGACAUUGCAGUAACAGGAGAGUCUGGCUCCGGUAAGUCCUCAUUUGUCAAUGCCAUUCGGGGUCUAGGGGAUGAUGAAGAAGAAUCUGCCGACACUGGGGUUGUGGAGACCACAAAGGUGCCCACUCCUUAUCCACACCCCAAGCACCCCAAUGUGACUGUGUGGGAUCUACCGGGAAUCGGCACUCCAGAAUUCAAGUCCAGCACUUACCUGGAGCAGGUAAGCUUCUCCCGUUACGACUUCUUUAUUCUCAUUGCCUCCGAGCGCUUCAAGUCCAACCACGCCCAGUUGGCACGUGAGAUCCAGCGGCUAGGCAAACAUUUCUACUUUGUGCGCUCCAAGGUGGAUGCAGAUCUAGAGGCCACCAAAAGGCGCCGGCCAAAAGCCUACAAUGAGGAGGCGAUACUGAGAAACAUUCGAGAGAAUUGCCAGGAGUGCCUUCUGGCUGAAGGAGUGGCUGCUCCCCAGGUCUUCCUCCUUUCCAGCUGGGAGCUAAACAAAUAUGAUUUCAUGCAGCUUGAGGACACCUUAGAAAAGGAGCUGCCGAGACACAAGAGACAUGCCUUCCUCCUUGCCCUACCCAACAUCUCUUUGGCCAUCUUGCAGAAGAAGAAGGAGGCAUUGCAGAAACAGAUCUGGAAACUGGCUACAAUCUCAUGUGGAGUGGCUGCUGUGCCCAUCCCAGGCCUCUCUGUAGCUUGUGAUACAGUUAUCCUGGUUAAGUCUCUUUCGGAAUACCGUCAGAACUUUGGCCUGGAUGAGGACUCUCUUAACAAGUUGGCAGAGAAAGUUGACAAGCCUGUGGAAGAGAUCAAAGAAGUGAUUAAGUCACCUCUGGCCAAAGAGAUCUCCAGGGAUUUAGUGGUGAAGUUGCUAACCAAAGCUGGUGGUGGUGCAUUGAUGCUGGUGGAAUACUUUGCUAGCACAAUCCCCAUAUUUGGCUCUGUGGCAGCUGGAGGAUUGUCCUUUGGAACCACCUACUACAUGCUAAAGAGCUCCCUGGAGGAGGUGGCAGGAGAUGCCCAAAAUGUUCUCAUCAAGGCCUUUGAGUCUGGUGUUUGAAAGGGUUCUUAGGGUCUCGUGUAGCAAAUCUGGGUUGAGAGGUCAGUUUCUAAAUGGCUGCACUGAAUUGAAUAGACCCUUGUCAUUCUCGCAAGCUCAGAACUAAGGUCACUAACUGUAACAAUCAGAAGAGGAUAUAAAACAAACAAUGGGCGUGUCACAAUGACCUCCCUUUUUUUAAAUGGCGUCUGUAAGCUGGGAAAGGGGUUUGCUUGUUUGUUUGUGGUCACGUAUCAAAACAAUUUAAUUUGGAUUCCAGCAUAGGAAUCCUGGGAACUGCAGUGGCUAGGGAUCUCUAAAACAAAGAAUUCUUACCACCCCCAACAAAACUAGAGUUCCCAGGGUUCUUUGGGGAAAGCUACGACAGUUAAACCAGAAUGAAGCUGGACUAAAUACGUAAUGCAGAAGUGACCUGAACUCAAUACUUUCUGCAUUUGGCAUGUUACUCCUGCAUUUUGACUGGAGGCCUUUUUAGAUUGGCUGGCUUCCUUUGGUGAAGAGCUGGAUGAUCAGUUUUUGAUGUUUUUUGAUGUUAUCCCCCUACUGAAUUUAAGCCUAGAUUGAUUUAAUGGAUUGUGCUGUUUUAUAUCUGCUGAAGAUGGAUAACAUUCAGGACUUACCUGAUGAACAGUCAAAAUACAAAUCAGUUCUUUUUUAGUAGUGUUUCAAGCUAUAAAUUUUUAUCAACCUGAAUCUUAA